GAAAUGUAAUAAUAUCUGCUGUGCCUAGCUCACUGCCCUGUCUACAUUCGCAAUAGGCUGUUCAAGUUAUACGGUAAGUAGACUAUUUUCUUUAGCCUGUACUUGUCAAAAACGUCACGCAUGUCCAUCAGAGAAAGGUCAAAAUGAUUUGACAGCAAAAUUUCGGUGUGCCUUCCUUCUAAUAGCUACGAUGUACGUUGAAAGAUGUCUUUUAGGCCGAAGAUAAGCAAACCUGGCCCGAGAUGCUGUUGUGAUCGUUGCAAGCCGAGCCUGCUGAAAAGAAUCAAACCUAAUCCGUGCUGCGUCAAGUUCUUCACCAUCUACUGUUGGCUGUUCAUGAGCAUCGCGCUCGUACUCUAUUUCGUGUUCGGUUUGAUCGACACGUGCGCCGACGCACCGUUCAUCGUUUGAACACCAACACAGUUGGUGAGCAGUUAUGGAUUGGGGAGAUCAUCGUGGAGGUUGUUUUUUGUACUGCUCCCUUCAAAAACCCUGCGAAGGUGGCUAUUGCAAAAGUCGUUCGCCUUGUAAUACGACCGGCGGUGCCCCGUGCGCGUCGCCUUCUAUAAUUGGUGCCAUACACACUUGCAGAGACGUCUUCGACAAACUUUGUAUGGCUGCAGAUAAGUCGUGUUCGUGCUGUCGCGCCAAACCGCGAGAAUGCUGUUGUUGUUGCCGCGAAAUGCAGCAAACACGGUGUCAUGGCCAAAGAAGCGUUUGUAUAUGCGACGAGGUUUCAGAAGAUGAAAAAAGCGUAAGGAAAAAUAAAUCAAAAAGUGCUGCUACAUCGGUGAUGAGCGUCAGGCAAAACGAAAGAGAUGGAAAGCACGUACAGAAGAACAGACCAAAAAGUACCGCCACAUCGGCGAUGAGCCUCAUGCAAAACGAAAUUGUUUCUGAUUUGGCUCAAAUAGCUGUGGAAUUUGUAAAGCAACAGGAGCAUCCUACUUCAGAAACAGAAUCUCAUUAUUAUAAUGAAGGUCUCAAUAAUGCAUGUAUUGCUAACACGGAAGCAUAUGUUAACGAAAACGGGGGUUUUGAAGCUGAGCUUGCACCGGAAACGGAUCCUAUAUCCGCUGAGCCUGAGCAAUCCAAAGCGAUCAUUCGACGAGCACCUUACAAGCGCAAAAAGGGAAAAACCAAAUGCCGCUGCAAAAACAAAAAGAAAGCUGGCGCCGAAAAACUCACAUCUCUGUGUCAGUGUCCACCAGUCGUCAUCUUCGACAGUCCGCCGGCGAAAAGGAACUUUUUCGACUUUCUAAAAUGCCUGAUGCCACGCUCGAAACUAUCGGCCGGUCCUUCCGAAAACGACACUCCGACUCACGGCAAGAAAAAAUUGCUGUGCGCUUGCGGUGAAGAGACGCAACCAUUUUUUGGAUACGCGGAACUCAAAAAGAAACGGAACGAUGAUACAAACGCGACAAAUAACUCGUCGAAAAUAGAUCGCAAAUCGACACGAGGGUCAACGUCAGCAGAUGAAGGACAAGUUUCUUCUAAAAAACUUGAUGCAUAUUCGGAAAAGAAUCAACCGCUAGUGUCGACUGAGUGUGACUGUGCCGAAGAAAAGUUACAAAAAAAUUGUUCGCUUAAAAAGAAAGACAACGGUGAUAAAAAGGCGAAAACUCGUCCAUCGGAAAGAAAUAGCGAGUCGACAAGAGGGCCAACAUCACCAGAUGAAGGACAACGUUCGUCUAGAAGACUUAGUACGCGUUCGGAAAAAAAUCAACAGCUAGUGUUGACUGAGUGUGGUUGUGCCGAAGAGGAUUUUCAAAAAAAUCAUUCGCAGUUUUAUAGAAGAUUGAGUAGUGAGGGAAAAUCAAUAAAAUCGAGUGAAAAUAAAAACCAGUCGGAUGCGUUGACCGUAAAGGAGAUAGCAAGUUCACAUAUUAAUUCGUCUAGAAAAAGCAGUCUUCAAAGCUCAGUCAGAGAUGGAGAACGUCGCUUUCCGUUGAAAUGGCACCACGGAAAAGAACAUGGAAAGGAUACGGAAAGAACGAAUAUUCCACAAAAACGCGAACAUAAUCGAACAAGUUUCAAAAAUGGCGGUUCAUCGCGAAACUACCAAGCUGCCAUCCCUGAGGCUCCCCUGAACGAUGCUUCAACCUCUAUGAAACCACCUUCAAUGGAUGAUUAUUUUCGUUCAUUCGAAUCGAGUAAAAACAAUUUGAUAGAACACAGAGCAAUGGCAGGUACAAAUACAGGCGAAAAAAACGUAAAAGUGACAUCAGCGAUUGUCGAACAUUUUAUCGCCAGCAAGAUAUAUCCGAUGUCCGGAGCGACAUACAUACACUACUUCCACGAUGAAUUUCGUCGUUACGAAUUGCUGUUCAGAGAACGCAGGCUGCAUGUAGGCCAAAAGACAUGCCCGACUGUUCAAACUUGGAUGUUCAGAACGUACGAGAAUAAUACGAAAAACAUAACGUCUAACAAUGAAGACACGUAUGCUCAGUCGUAUGACCUGCACGCUAUAUUUAAACUUUUUGAGGAAUAUAAAAAAGAGCAGAGCGAGUAUAGAGAAAAAGAGCGUGCAGUUUUGUGCAGAGGACUUCGAAAAGAAUUAUCGGCAUUGCUAUAUGACCAGCGAAGAAAACAUGAUCUCGGGGGACGAUUUCUGAUCCUCCAACUUUCUGCUCCACCACCGUCUCCGUGAGGUUGAGGACGUCCAGCGGCAGUUCUGGAGCGUCGAGCAGCGCCAACGAACCCAGACGCAGCUCCCAGGAGAGCUCGGGCUUAGGGUUACCCUCAUCUACUACGCAGGAUACCGUCAGGUCGGCGUUCUCUUUCACUGGAAUGAAAGGAUUGCCGGGAUCCAGGAUGCGGUUGUCGAUCAUCAGGUAAGCCUUCUUUGGCGGGUCUGCAAAAGAAAAAACAUGCUAAAUGAAACGACUAUUGGUUGAUGAUGAUACACAUAAAAUUAAAAAAGGAAAAAACGCUACCUAUUCCGGUAGACUGUACCAUGUUGCGAUAGUCUAUUCAGUUGGCAGCACUGUCAGCAUGCGAAAUGAAAAGUGGACGUUGCUUAUUC